GCGGGGCCCCCGCCGCCGCCGCCCGUCAGUGGCGAUGGCGGAGAGCGAGGUGGAGGUGCUGCCGGGCCUGGCGGCCGAGCUGACCUGCGCCAUCUGCCUGGAGCUGCUGCAGGAGCCGGUGACGGCGCCGUGCGGCCACAACUUCUGCCAGGACUGCCUGGCGCUGUACUGGGCGGACGAGCGCGUCGGCCUCAGCGGCUUCAGCUGCCCGCAGUGUCGCUGCCACUGGGCCCAGCGGCCCGACCUGCGGCCCAACCGCGUCCUCUGCACCGUGGUGGCGGGGCUGGAGCGGGUGCGCGCCGAGCCUGGGGACGGGGCCCAGCCCGCCGCCAAGUCCGGGGCCGCCGUGCCCUGCGACGCCUGCCCGCCGGACGCCGCCGCCCCCGCCCUCCGCACCUGCCUCACCUGCCUGGCCUCCUUCUGCGCCGAGCACCUGAAGCCGCACCAGCAGAGCCCGGCCCUCCGCUCGCACAGCCUCCGCCUGCCGCUGCACGACCUCGCCCAGCGCCGCUGCCCCAGCCACGGCAAGCUGCUCGAGUUCCGCUGCUGUCAGCACGGCGACUGCCUCUGCGCCGUCUGUCUGCUGGAUCACCGAGGCUGCAGCACCGGGACCGAGGAGGAGGCCCGCCUGCAGCGCGAGGAGGAACUGAAAGUUCAACAGAAGACGGUGGAAUAUCAGAUCAUCCAACUGCAGCACAGUCUGGAGCUGAUGCAGUUUCAGAAAGAGCACGUGAAGGAUUCCUCGGUGACUCAGAAGUCAGCAGUCGCUGGUGAAUUUGCAGAGAUGAAAGCAAUGAUUGAGCGAGAGGAGAAAGUGGCAGCCAAACUGAUUGAAGAGGAAGAGAACAAAGCUGAGAGCAGGUGUGUGGAGGUGCUGGAUCAGAUGAAUGGUCAGCUGGAGAAGCUGAAGGAGUACAAGGAGCAGCUGAAAUCUGUGCUCGCCCACACUGGGGGGAUAGCCUUUUGGAAGGUGGUCGCAGAGCUUCCUCAGGUCUCCCUGGACGCUCCCACAUCACAGCAACAGAUUGAAGUGGAUGCCAGGAAACUGGUCCUCAUAACCAAGGCAGUUUCUGUGCUUCGAGGCAAGCUGGUACAGCAGCUGAAGUUUCCGUUGGAUCAGAGGGUGCGGCAAAUGGAACAGGCUGGAUCCACCCUGGAUCCGGAACCGAAAUCUGCUGGAGCAAGGGAACCAUCCGAAGUGGGCAAUCUGUCUGAGGACAAGCCGGGCAAAAGCAAGAAAACCAAGAAUAAACCACCACAAACAUCUGCUCCAAACCAGCCAGUGAACCUGGGGAAACCGAGACCCAACCCUCAUCCAACCAGCGCCAGACGCUCUGAUGAGGCAGAGAAACAGAAGAAACUUCCCACAUCCAGCACCCCAGCACCACAGAAACGGCAGGACUUCGUGCAGUACAACAGUAAGGUGACCUUCAACCAGCGGAGUGCCCACAAGAAGCUUGUCCUGAGCGAUCGCUACACCAGCGUGUCUGUGAGUGAGCAGCCACAAGUGUACCCGGACCUGCCUGAGCGCUUCUUUAACUGUUGCCAGGUGCUGGGCUUGCAGUGGUUUGCAAAUGGCCGGCACUAUGGGAGGUUGGCAUUGAGGGUAACAGCUUCUGGGCGAUUGGUGUGGCAUGUGCUGGCAUGGAUCGCAGUGGCUCCAGCAGUCGCCUGGGCAGGAACCCACUGAGCUGGUGUGUUGAGAGCUUUGGUCAGACAUUGUCAGCCUGGCAUGGAGGUCAGCAGGUGGUUCUACACACACCCCUGCCCCGUGUGGUCGGGGUUCUACCUGGACUUCGAGGCGGGGGGAGGUGGCUUUCUUCUCUGUGGGUGCUGCCAUGUUGCUGCUGUUCUGCUUCAGAGCCCAGUUCCGUGGCCAGAUCUUCCCUGCCUUCUGGCUGUGUUCCAGCAGCACCAAGCUCACUGUGGGCCAGGGCCAGGGCCAGUGAUUGGCUCAGCACCCACACCCCCAGCCUUGGUGGUGGGUGUUAACUGGGCUGGACCUGUGGUGGCAGUGUGUGUGCUGAUAUGGAGUGGCUGAGACUCUCACCCCUUCCCCCUCCCACCACUGGAAGGCUGGGGGCAGUCUUCCUGCUGGCAGAGGGAGAUGGGAUGAGGUGUCUGCAGAGACCAAGCUCUUCUACAACUGAUCAUCUUUAGUUAUUGUGCUUCUGGCUGUUAUGAGAUAUUUUUUUAAACUUUGACAUUUGAUCAGUCUAUUUUUUGGUACUAAGUUCUAAUAUAAUUUGGUAUAAAGAUGGAAUGAAAAGACUUUGGGAGCCUGGUUGCGGCAACGUUCUCCAUGGUUCCUGUGGAGAGUGACCGAGGCGAGAAUCACCCUUAGUACUGGGACUAUUUGUUUAUGUAAUUCUGCAGGACCCAAUAAAUCUGGUAUUGUCUGUGUG